UUUCACUCUCCCACAAGCAAACACACCACUACUCACUUCCAAUUCAUCUGCAGAAGAAGAGAGAGAACGAUACUGGUAGGCGAAAAUGGAGGCAUUGAGAAGCAAAUACAGCAACCCUUUUAGCUCUUUCUUCUUCUUCUACUUCUUCUCCGCUGUCUUUCUGAUCUUUCAUGCAUUGCCCACGGCGGAUGCAAAAACGCACUACCAUGAUUUUGUUGUGCAAGCGACUCCAGUGAAGAGGCUGUGCAAAACCCACAACGCGAUAACGGUGAAUGGGAUGUAUCCAGGGCCGACGUUGGAAGUGAACAACGGCGACACUCUGGUGGUCAAUGUUGUUAACAGAGCUCGUUACAAUGUAACUAUUCAUUGGCAUGGAGUGCGUCAAAUAAGAACUGGAUGGGCUGAUGGACCAGAUUUUGUGACUCAAUGCCCUAUAAGACCAGGAGGGAGUUACACAUACCGGUUUACAAUCCAGGGGCAAGAAGGCACACUCUGGUGGCAUGCCCACAGCUCGUGGCUGCGAGCCACCGUGUAUGGUGCUUUGAUCAUCCGCCCUAAAGAAGGAGAAUCAUAUCCUUUCCCCAAGCCAAAACGGGAAACUUCCCUUCUUCUUGGUGAAUGGUGGGACGCGAACCCCGUUGAUGUUGUGAGACAAGCCACAAGAACAGGAGCAGCCCCUAAUGUUUCUGAUGCUUACACGAUUAAUGGACAACCUGGUGAUUUAUACAAUUGCUCCAGCAAAGAGACGAUAACCGUGCCAGUGGAUUCCGGAGAGACAAAUCUUCUCAGGGUUGUUAAUUCUGCGCUCAAUCAACAGCUUUUCUUCAAAGUUGCUAAUCAUAAGCUUACGGUGGUUGGAGCUGAUGCCUCAUACGUGAAACCCUUCACCACCUCAGUCCUCAUGCUCGGACCAGGCCAGACCACUGAUGUACUUAUAACUGCUGAUCAGCCACCCGCCAGGUACUACAUCGCUGCACGAGCCUAUGCCAGCGCUCAAGGAGCACCUUUCGAUAAUACCACCACCACAGCCAUUCUUGAAUAUGAAUCUGCUGGUUGCCCCGCCAAAUGUGUAGUGAAACCCGUUAUGCCUGCAAUGCCAGCAUUUAAUGACACAGCCACCGCAACUGCCUUCACCACCAGGUUCAGAAGCCCAAGACGAGUGCCUGUACCCAACAACAUUGAUCACAAUCUGUUUUUCACGGUUGGUCUGGGACUCAACAAUUGCCCCCCUGGUGCCAGGCCUAGAAACUGUCAGGGCCCAAACGGAACUCGAUUUGCUGCUAGCAUGAACAAUGUGUCUUUUGUGCUCCCAUCCAACUUUUCCUUGCUGCAAGCACAUCAGCAAGGUAUACCUGGAGUUUUCACGACAGAUUUUCCAGCAAACCCACCAGUGCAAUUUGAUUACACUGGUAACGUGAGCCGAUCCCUUUGGCAACCUGUUCGGGGUACUAAGGUGUACAAGUUAAAAUAUGGGGAAACAGUGCAGUUGGUGUUGCAGGGAACAAGCAUCUUCACAGCUGAAAACCACCCAAUUCAUCUUCAUGGUUUUGAUUUCUAUAUAAUUGCUGAAGGCUUUGGAAAUUUCAAUCCAAGCAGAGAUACAGCCAAAUUUAAUCUCGUGGAUCCACCUCUCCGGAAUACGGCAAGUUUACCCGUUGGUGGGUGGACAGUGAUCAGAUUUGUCGCUGACAAUCCAGGGGUCUGGCUGCUGCACUGUCACUUGGAUGUCCACAUUACCUGGGGUUUGGCAAUGGCUUUCCUGGUGGAAAAUGGUGUUGGUGAACUGCAAACAUUAGAGCCCCCCCCAGCUGAUCUUCCCGUCUGUUAGUAAUAUCGGCGGUGGAUGUUCGCAAUAAAUUUUAAUGCCCUGCAAGAAGGGCAACUAGUAAUUUUCUUGUAACAGCAUAUGAAUUAUAUUGUUUCUCCAUAUUUGGGGGCUAGUUUUUGUUUUUUCCCAUUGUUUAUUUGGUUAUAUAAGACCGGGCCAAGAAAGAUGGUGCAACGUCUGCUAGCACAGAGCCACCAUUUUCUAAUCCUGGCAUGUUCGUGAUUGUAGUUAUAUAUUUUUCCAGAGUUACUGAAAGAAUCAUAUUUUUAAUAUUUGCAAA